UAACUAAAGUUGCAUCAAAUAUAAUUUAUAUAAUCACCGAAAUAGUAAUACUAUAAUGAUAAUAAAUAUUGUAUUGUAAGUAGCCCAAUGAAACGUAAAAUAAAUGUAACUGUUGGUAUUUCGCGGGUGAGGGAUAUUACCACGCCCCCUCUAACCUACAGUUACUUAUGCCUGUAGAAGCUAGUAAGCUAUUUGAUAUAAUGCUGCCAAGAUGCCAGGGAAGUGCAGAUUCAACAACGUAUGGCUUCUCAAGGAUAACUACCAAUUGUGGCUGUCAAAAGACACUGACCCAAGACGUGCAAACUAUGUUCUAAAAUAAUCGAUAUUUCGAAUAUGGGCGAGGCAGCGCUUGCUAGCCACAUGAAGGGGACAAAGCACCAGACCGCAGCAGCCGCUGUUGCUAGCAGCGCAAUGUUCAGUACAUUUAUGAAUGUUGACGCUGCUAAUACACCAAGUAAUGCUACUUCAGUUUCAACAGCAACGAAACAGACAACGUUAAACGUUCCGUCAAAACACGAAGUUAUCAAAGCGGAGAUACUUUGGGCUUUAAAAAUCAUGGAUUCUCACUACUCAUACAAGUCAUCCGAGGACACGAGCCGUCUUUUUGCGGCGAUGUUCCCGGACAGCGAGAUUGCAGCUCAAUUUGCAUGCGGUGAGAGUAAGUGUUCCUAUGUCUGCACAUAUGGGCUUGCUCCGUAUUUUAAGAGACUCAUUCUGACUGACGUUUCUAAACAAACGGCAUAUGUAGUGCUGUUUGAUGAAACGAUGAACCACCAUUUGCAGUCAAAACAAAUGGAUGUACACGUGAGGCUGUGGGAUGGAGCAGAAGUCAAGACGAAAUACAUUGGCUCUGAAAUUUUGGGACAUUCCACUGCAAUUGAUAUAAUUGAAAAGAUGAGCAAAGGACUGUCCGAGACGGGAGUGAAUAACCUCAUUCAGCUUUCCAUGGACGGGCCACACUUGAACUGGAAAGUGUUUGAACUCCUACAGAAAGAGAUGCAGAAGCAGGCGGACAAAUCGCUUCUCAACAUUGGUUCAUGCGGUUUGCAUGUCCUGCACAAUGCAUUCAGAGAUGGAUGCAAAGCUACCGGCUGGGACAUUGAGCACAUUCUCUCGAGCCUAUACUGGCUUUUCCACGAUUGUCCAGCUCAUCGUGAGGACUUUGUUACCGCCACUGGAUGCAACACCGUGAUGCUAAAGUUCUGCAGAGUCCGUUGGAUUGAAAAUGUCACCGUGUCUGACCGAGCUUUAAAGUUUUGGCCCUACGUGACAACCUACGUGGAGUUGGUUAACAAGGGUGAUCUACCGGAUCCUAAGGUUAAGUCUUUUGAGGCUGUGAAGAAAAGCUCCCAGGAUCCGCUGUUCAUCCCAAAAGUGAUGAUAUUCAACAGCAUCGCAAGAGAGAUCAAGCCCUUCCUCACCCUUUACCAGACGGAUAAGCCUAUGCUACACUUCUUCAGCGAGGAUUUGUUUCAACUGAUGAAAGGACUAAUGGGGCGAUUCUUCAAAGAGGAACCUAUGAAGGAGGCCACCACAGUUUUGAAGCUUCUUCAUAUCCCUCUCCAAGACAGCAGCAUACACAAGGAUGCCACAAAAAUCAACCUGGGAGUCUCAGCUGAAACCUGUCUUAAGCAACUAAGAUCCAUCAACAAGGUAUCAGAGAGGCAGGCACUGGAGCUCAGGAUGGAAUGCAAGACAUUCUUGAUCAAGCUACUGGAGAAGCUACAGAAUAAGGCUCCAGUGAACCAGCAGCUUGUGAGAAGUAUGCGGUGCCUUGACCCAAGAUACAUGGCUGAGUCCAAGGAAGUGUGCCUGGCUCAAAUGAAAAGGAUUCUGCACCACCUUGUUGGGGCUAACCAUGUUAAGGAGUCAGUGUGUGAUGACAUCCUUAGAGAGUUCAGCGAGUUUUGUGAUUUUGCUGCCCUUCAAGCAAACUUCAGGGAAUUUGAGCCCAUUACAGACAGAGUUGACACUCUACUACAUUCAACAAUGGGAGCCAACAAAGCUUUUUCCAAGGUGUGGCAUGUGGUGAAAAUGCUGCUGGUUCUCUCUCAUGGACAGGCGAGUGUUGAGAGAGGGUUCUCAAUCAAUAAAGAGUUGAUUGUGGAGAAUCAGAAGGAGGCCUCCCUGGUUGCUCAGAGGCUCAUCGUUGGCCAUAUCAGAUCUGUUGGCGGUGUAACCAAUGUGCAACUCACCAAAGAUCUUUUGAUCUCAGUUUCUGGAGCAAGGCAAAGGUACCACAGCUACCUGGAUGACCAGCAGAGGGCCAAUGCUAAGGAAAAGGGUGUGCAAAAAAGAAAGGCUCUUGCAGAUGAGUUGGAUGAACUUAAAAAAAAGAGGGCCAGAGUACAGAACGACAUUGGUGAAUUGGAGAAGUCGGCAGACGAGUAUGCUGACAAAGCAGAAUCCAAUUUUCAGUGGUACCGCUGAGUCAUUUUUUUGGUCAUGGAAAAUUAGGCAAAGGUCUUGGAAAAGUCAUUGAAAAUCAUUGCUGAAAAAGUGUAUGAACCCGGAGUAAAAACGAUUCCACAAUUCCACUUUUCUCCAUAAUGUCCGUUUCAAAGAGACGGUCUGAAUCGCCACCUUUCCUGCAGGAAAUUCCGCAUGUUAACUAUGAAACAGUUACUGGGGCUUGUGCAGCCAGGCGAUUGGUUCACCACCAUCGACCUGAAAGACGCGUACUUUCAUGUAGAAAUUGCUCCAGAGCACAGAUUUGCACUGUUUUGUGAGUGCACUUUUUGCGAGGUAAGCGCAGCAGUGUGCUCUGUCAGCCGUAGCCCAGACUUCUCCACGUCACAACCGGGUUAAAGGAGAAUGUGGGGCAGCAGCUGCUGACCAGAAAAGCCGAUCAGGGGCAGUAGGGUGGAAUGAUGUUGUUGGACGACAGUGCGCGUAUACAUCAGGGCUCCACCCACUGUACCCAUAGAGUCCAGUAGAGGGCGGAGCCUGUGAGAGAUAUAA